AUGUCGCUGUUGUUUGCUGUGACUGCAAUGCUUUCUCCAACGGCUGCUGUAAAUGAUGAGAUGCUAGAGAAAGAAGACCCAGAGUAUGUUAGCCAUAGAAAAGCACAGUUCUUGAUCUGCAAGACAAUGAAAGAGUUCGAACUGAGAAAAAGAAGGCGAUGCAGAAUUAGAAAGCUCAAAUCCAAGCUCAAUGCCAGGAUGUGGAUUCUAGGAAAUCCAAUUAAAAUAGAAGGCUCCGAAUUCUCAAACAAAAGAGCCGUAUACAUCUGCAACCACGCAUCGCCUCUGGCCAUUUUCCUCGUUAUGUGGCUGACUCCAACGGGCACCGUCGGAAUCGCGAAGAAAGAGAUCGUAUGGUACCCGCUCUUUGGACAGCUCUACGUCUUGGCGAAUCACCUUCGGAUCGAUCGCUCUAAUCCCUCUGCUGCCAUUGAGUCUAUGAAGGAGGUGGCUCGUGCACUCGUCAAGCAAAACUUAUCACUGAUCAUAUUUCCGGAAGGCACAAGAUCAAAGACUGGGAGGCUCCUCCCCUUCAAAAAGGGUUUCAUUCACAUAGCACUACAGUCAAGACUGCCUAUAGUUCCAAUGGUUGUUAGUGGAACUCAUUUGGCUUGGAGAAAGGAUAGCUUGAGAGUCAGGCCGGCGCCGCUCACCGUAAAAUAUUUACGGCCGAUAAAAACUGAAGAUUGGGAGGUAGGGAAGAUUGGUGAGUAUGUAGAUAUGAUACAUGGAUUGUAUGUGGAUCACUUGCCCGAGUCUCAAAGACCCCUGUAGAUGAUAGCGGAGAGUGUUGCCAUCAUUUGAAGGUGAGGGUCUGCAUGUAGAAGGUGGUGAAUAUGCAAAAUUAUCAAUGAUUGUUGAGAGUUGCAUGUUUUGGGCUCCAACCUUCUUGUGUUGGCAAAACUACUAGUGUACAAGAAGAGUAAAGCUCUAUAUUCAA